AGGGACCCCUGAACAAAGGCUUCUGGCUACGCCGCUGCAGUUGCUUGGCUUCCCGCAGCAACAUCAAACAACCACAGAUAGCGUUUACUGUCCAUACGGCAUAAUCUUUUGGCUACUCUUGGUUAACUGGCUUCCAUCCCACUGCCAUCUUCAUUUUGCUGGCGACGUUCGACCAAAACAGUCAUGAGGCAAGGAAUCAUCAGCCAGGAGGUAAACGGUCACCAGGAGUCGCCAGGAGCUGCGGAAGAUGAGGGACGGCGGCGCAGGGUGGCGGUUGUCGGAGCUGGACUGGUGGGUUCUUUGGCGGCCAUAAACUUUGCCCGUAUGGGCAACCAGGUGGAUUUGUACGAGUACCGGGAGGAUAUCCGCCAGGCUCUGGUGGUCCAGGGUAGGAGUAUUAACCUGGCACUUUCCCACCGGGGCCGCAAGGCUCUGGCCGCCGUCGGUCUGGAGGAGAAGGUCCUGGUCACUGCCAUACCCAUGAGGGGUAGAAUGCUGCACGAUGUCAGGGGAAACACCAGCGUGGUUCUAUACGACCCCAACAGCAAACAAUGUCUGUAUUCAGUGGGUCGCCGUCAGCUAAACGAGGUGCUUCUGGAUGCUUGCGAUAAAUUACCGAAUGUUCGCUGUCACUUUGAGCACAAAUUGACGAGCGCUAACCUCAGAGAGGGAUCCAUGGAGUUCCGGAAUCCUAACCAAGAAGUGAUUGCUGCCAAAGCGGACCUAAUAGUGGGCUGUGACGGCGCCUUUAGUGGUGUACGCCAGCAAUUGGUCCGUUUGCCGGGCUUUAAUUAUUCCCAGGAGUAUAUAGAGACAGGUUACAUGGAACUUUGCAUACCCUCGAAAUCGGGUGAUUUCCAGAUGCCCGCCAAUUACCUGCACAUCUGGCCCCGCAACUCCUUUAUGAUGAUCGCCUUACCGAAUCAGGACAAGUCAUUCACGGUGACCCUAUCGAUGCCCUUUGGGGUCUUCGCUAAAAUUCAGAAUCAAAAUGAUCUACUGGAUUUCUUCAAGUUGAACUUUCAUGAUGCUCUGCCGCUUAUUGGGGAGCAACAGCUCGUCAAGGACUUCUUUAAAACUAGGCCACAGCAUUUGGUGUCCAUCAAGUGCAAACCCUAUCACUAUGCGGACAAGGCCCUGAUCCUGGGCGACGCUGCACAUGCCAUGGUUCCGUAUUACGGUCAGGGAAUGAAUGCCGGAAUGGAGGAUGUCACGCUGCUCACCGGAAUUCUGGAAAAGCAGUUGCGGCUGGACGAGGCUUUGGCUCAGUUUACCGAGUCCCGCUGGCAGGAUGCUUUUGCCAUUUGUGAUCUGGCCAUGUAUAACUAUGUGGAGAUGCGAGACCUGACCAAACGCUGGUCCUUCCGGAUCCGAAAAUGGCUGGACACCUUGCUAUUUCGAUAUUUCCCCGGCUGGAUUCCACUCUACAACAGCGUCUCCUUUUCCAGCAUGCCUUACGCCCAGUGCGUUGCCAACAGGAAGUGGCAGGACCAGCUGUUGAAGCGGGUUUCCGUUGCAACUCUAUUGGCUGCGAUCCUGGCAGGAGUAGCUAUUUUUUCACAGCGUUUUAUUUGAAAUACUUUUUUAAAACAUUUUCUAAUUACUAUAAAGCUUAAGUCCGAAAGAGUAUGCCUUAAAAAAUAUUGUUUUACAACUGAAAAU